UGCUUUGGGGCCAUUAUUAAUUAAAAUAAGGGUUACUUGAACACAAGCACUGUGCUACCAUAACAAUCUAAUAACUCAGACAGCUACUAAGUGACCAAGGGGCUGGUAAUACACAGUGAAGAUACCUGAGCAAGGAUGAUUUGUGUCCUGGAUGGGAAGGAGCAGGAGGAUGAGUGAUUCCGUCGUGAUACUCAGAAUGGCAUAAAACUUAAAACUUAUGAAUUGUUUAUUCCUGGAAUUUUCCAUUUAAUAUUUUUCAGAUUGCAGUGGUUAAUUGAAACCACAGAAAGCAAAACCACAGGGAAGAGGAACUGCUGUAAUUGCUACCCACUAGCAACUCUCCUUCCCCUAGUUGUGACAAAAAUGUGUUCAGACAUUGCCAAGGGUUCCCUCAGCAGCAAAAUCACCCUGGAUGAGAACCAUUAGCACAAGUGGCUUCAACUAUGUAACUGUCCCUCCAGAAGCCUCCAAAAUUGUGCGGUUAAAAAGAUCAGUGGGUUUCAGAUAAAGCCGACUUCAUUAGGACACAUUCACUCUGCUUGAUACUUUCACUUAGCAGGCAACGUAAGACUCAGUAACACUGUUGAGAGGUAUUAUGGUGCUUGUUUUACAGGCAGCCUUGUUUGCCGAUAGUGAGAGCUAAGAUUUAACAUUUACUUUGUGCCUGGUGCUAUUCUAAGCACUUUAUUCAUUCUAACUCAUUUAAUCUUCAUAAUAUUCCUGUGAGGUAAAGACUAUUAUUAUUCCUAUUUUACAGAUAAGGAAACUGAAUCAGAAUGGAGUUAAAUAACUAGCUCAAGCUAUUAAGUAACAACUGGGAUUCAUACCCAGACACUGGUUUAAGAACCUGUGUCCUCAAGUCUGUGCUGCAGAUGCCAACAGAAGUCCAGGGACGGCAUUACUCUCCCCUCCCCCAUCUACUAAUUCAAGGUGUGUGUUUCCAUCCAACCAGUAGUGUUCAGGUUAGUGGCCCCCUGCUAACACCUCUCCUUUGGAGAACACCACUGGCGGAAGUUCCCUUCACCAGAUGUUGAGUAUGCUUUCCUCAUUUGAUUCUGAUCUGCAUGGAAAAGAUACCUGUCAUCAAGGAGGCAAAUGCCAUGCAAGUACCUCCUGCAUUGCAAGAAACCAGAGACGUUUUGACUUGGAAGUUCAGGAAUUAUCCUCAGACUCGUUAUUUAAAGUGUGGCUGAGGCACCAGCAGCAUAGAGCCCACCUGGGCCCUGGUGAGAACAGUGGAAGUGCAAGCCCCGCCCUCCUGCAAUUUAACAGGAUCCUCCAGAUGCUGUCCCAGAAGGGGUGUAGAUAAAAAAGAGAAUAGUAUAGAACCUGACCUACUCCUAAUGCAAACUCUUGCACCAGGAUGGAAGGAGAAUCUUACCACAAUGCAACUACUGUCAAUGGCACCCCAGUGAGCCACCAGCCUCUGGAACGCCACGGGCUGUGGGAAGUCAUCACCGUUGCCGCUGUGACGGCGGUGGUAAGCCUGGUCACCAUCGUGGGCAACGUCUUGGUCAUGAUCUCCUUCAAAGUCAACAGUCAGCUGAAGACAGUUAACAACUACUACCUGCUCAGCUUGGCCUGCGCAGAUCUCAUCAUCGGGAUCUUCUCCAUGAACCUCUAUACCACCUACAUCCUCAUGGGGCGCUGGGCCCUGGGGAGUCUGGCUUGCGACCUCUGGCUUGCGCUGGACUAUGUGGCCAGCAACGCUUCCGUCAUGAACCUUCUGGUGAUCAGUUUUGACCGUUACUUUUCUAUCACGAGACCCCUGACGUAUCGGGCCAAGCGUACCCCAAAGAGGGCCGGCAUCAUGAUUGGCCUGGCCUGGCUGAUCUCCUUCAUCCUCUGGGCCCCAGCAAUCCUCUGCUGGCAGUACUUGGUCGGGGAGCGAACGGUGCCUCCGGAUGAGUGCCAGAUCCAGUUCCUCUCUGAGCCCACCAUCACUUUUGGCACUGCCAUCGCUGCCUUCUACAUUCCUGUUUCCGUCAUGACAAUUCUCUACUGCCGAAUCUACCGGGAGACAGAGAAGCGGACCAAGGACCUCGCUGACCUGCAGGGCUCGGACUCUGUGGCUGAAGCUGAGAAGAGGAAGCCAGCUCACAAGGCUCUGCUGCAGUCCUGCUUUAGCUGCCCUGGGCCCGCGCUGGCGCAGAGGGAAAGGAGCCAAGCUUCCUGGUCAUCCUCCCGCAGGAGCACCUCCACCACCGGGAAGCCCUCCCAGGCCACUGGCCCAAGCGCUGAGUGGGACAAAGCCGAGCAGCUCACGACAUGUAGCAGCUGCCCCUCCUCGGAAGAUGAGGACAAGCCCGCCGCUGACUCCGACUUCCAGGUGGUCUACAGGAGCCAGGCCAAGGAAAGCCCCAGGGAAGAUUUCAGCACUGAAGAGACCAAGGAAACUUUUGUGAAAGGUCAAACUGAAAAAAAUGACGACGACACCCCCAAAUACUUCCUGUCUCCAGCAGCUGCCCAGAGGCCCAAGAGUCAGAAAUGUGUGGCCUAUAAGUUCCGGUUGGUGGUAAAAGCUGACGGGGCCCAGGAGACCAACAACGGCUGCCGCAAAGUGAAAAUCAUGCCCUGCUCCUCCCCAGUGUCCAAGGACCCUUCGACGAAAGGCCUGGAUCCCAACCUCAGCCAUCAAAUGACCAAACGAAAGAGAAUGGUCCUUGUCAAAGAGAGGAAAGCAGCCCAGACGUUGAGCGCCAUUCUCCUGGCCUUCAUCAUCACGUGGACCCCUUAUAACAUCAUGGUCCUGGUUUCCACCUUCUGUGACAAGUGUGUCCCAGUCACCCUGUGGCACUUGGGCUACUGGUUGUGCUAUGUCAAUAGCACUGUCAACCCCAUCUGCUAUGCCCUCUGCAACAGAACCUUCAGGAAGACCUUUAAGAUGCUGCUUCUCUGCCGAUGGAAAAAGAAAAAAGUGGAAGAGAAGUUGUACUGGCAGGGGAACAGCAAGCUCCCCUGAAAAGUUAGCAGCUCCCCUCAAAAGAACGGCCAUCACUCACUUCCUCUGAGGAUGCGCAAGCUGGUUCGGGUUGGCUGAUUUUCAAAAUAGACAUCUGUCAUUUUGAGUCCCUGAGGACUUUGUAAAGGCUUGAGGUCUGUCACCAAAAGAAAUGAGUCACACCUGCCACAGUUGCUGCCACAUAGAAUUAUACUUAUCUGUAACUGAGGCCGCCUGAUGCCACUGGAGUGUCAUUGAAGAGGACAGACUAGUGGCGCUUCACAGGCAUGUUGGGUCAUGGUGAACAAUGACUGAGGGAACCUUUGUCUAACCUUCUUUGGGGAGCAGCAGGGACCAGCUGGAAACCUCUCCCCUGUGGAACCUGUUGUACAGUUUUGCGCAGUAUGUGUGUGUCUAUGGAGUUGUCCCGCGCCGUGAGAACCAGGGGAAUGUCAGUCAGUGUUACCUAUUAACAGGAGUGUUACUCAGCUGGCUUCUAAGACUUUCUUUAUAAACCGAUCAGUAUUUAUUUACGAAGUAUUUAUUAUACAGCUAUGUGUUCUGCACUGUGGUAUGUUUUCCUGUCCCUACACCUGAGCAAAGCUUAUGUUAUUCUCUUUCAAAACGGAUGCCAAUUCCUGGUACUAUUGAAACCAUGCUGGCCCCCAUCCUUCCUUUCAGAAGCCUGCGUCUGGGAGGGCCUGAAACCUGACCACACCCAGUCCGAGACAGGGGCCUCUACUCGGCUAACAAAGAUAUCAAGUCUCCAGUCAGUUAUGUUUUACUGGUGGGAGUUUUUUCCUAGUUUUCUAAACAAAUAUUGUGCAUUCUGUUUUGUGUCCGUUUAAACCCCUUUAUUCAUGCUCUAUUCUUAGGAAGACUAGUAGUAACACAGCCCUUCACGGAGUAAAGAUCUUCUACAGGCUAUUUCCUCAGGGUUCUCUUAAAUUGUGUUCAGAGGUCUUAUUUUCUAAUCUCUUUGCAGGCAAACCUGAGGCUAAUGUGGAAAACAAAUUUGGUGUCACUCCAUGUUUUUGAACUUCUUCUAGGGCCUUUAGCAGGCCCCCAAUUUCCCUCAUUCAGACCCCAGUUCAUACCUAGGCACAAGCAGGUCACUGUGGAGCCUCCAGCCAAAAGUGGGGGGACAGCAGCGGAAAGGUUUUAUUAUUUUUUAUAGGUCCUCCGAUCACAGUUCAGAAAUGACUGACUUAUUCCCCUUCAAAUUCAUGGUCAAAGAUGAGAAGUCCAGAAAAGUAAAGUUGAGGUCCAGUGAAGCUGGCUAUGGCCAUUAAAAAUGAAAGAUGAGGCUUUAAAAACAAAAUAUAGGUCACAAUAAUGUAUGAAAAUAUAGCGGUUAUAUCAAAUAUAGAGUAUCAGGAUUAUUAAAAACCAAAUUUAACUGAAAUCUCUGUGUACAUAAACUGAAUCUAAGACGUUUCUGUGAUAGUUCUGAAAAUAAACCAAUGUGCAAGAAAUUGAAACUACAAAACAGUGCAUGCAAUUAAUGAAAGAUCCACAAAGAAGGCAGCAAGGGGAAAUUGAAAGAUGAAGCACUCCUGCCAGACAGGGUUCCUUGUUUAACCUGUUCACCGUAUCUGUGAUGUGUUUAAAAACCUUCAGACUUCAUUUCACUUAAUACAGGCCUGCUCUUUCUCAGCCUCAUUUGCUAAGAAGAUGUAAAAAUAGUUGGUUUAGCUGUCCUGGGAAUUAGGCAUGUACUUGAGGAUAGGAGAGCUUCACCCAACCCCUGACAAGCAAAUCAGCCUCUUACAAAGUCCCAAGAAUGCUUCAGGCAGUAGAAACGCAGGCCGAGCCUCCAGCCCUCUAGGGACUCAAUGUUGAGAUGUAACAUCUUGAGAGGAAUGUAGCUGCUGAGCGUUUGGGAAGGGCAGGUUGACACCUGCCAAGAAUUUGAUAAAGAAUAUUAAUUAAUUGGCUCAGUUCUCCAAGACAGAGGCUCCCAGGCUUAUGUGAUGCCAACAGGGUGUGACUUCAUGAGCAAACCUGCUCCACCAGCUCUAGAUAAGCAGGUGGGUUUUUCAGUUUAAGGCUUUGGUUCCUGAGAAAAAUGAAAAUCCCUCCAAGAGAAUAACAGGACUUUGAGCCCAUGUUGGGCAUUCACUGUUCAAAGAGAGAGAAGAAAAACAAGCUAAUUUAAUCAAAACAACACAGAAUUUGAAGCAGGAGGGGGAGCGGAGGGGCAGUGUUGGAGGUAUCCUGUCACACUCCACGGUGGCCUAGGACUUUUUGUUCAUCAUAUGUGACAUUAAUGGAGAGGCCUGUGCUUCCUUAUCAUUGGUUUUUGGAGACAGCCAGUUUUGCAGACUACCUAUGCCCUUUGGCAUAGACACACACACACAAAAAAGCCCAAACUAGGGGAGACUAGCAUCGGGCCUCUGGUGGAGUCCUCAGAAGGAAGAUCCAAAUAUAAACUGCAAGGCAUGGGCUAACUUCAGAUCUUAGGCCUUUUAUGCCCCCAAUUUCCCAUGCUCUGUCUAGGGUAAACGAUGUACAGCUUUGUUUGACUAGUUACCUACUGGAUGCUGCUAUGUUGCUAACUUCGUGUUUCUCCUUGGCUGUGAAUUUGAUAACUUGUUGAGGAAUCUCUUUUCAGUAUGAUUUUUGUUUAAAGCAUUUUGUCAAUAUUCCCGGCCUCUGCUUUGCUCCUUCGGUCAGUGUUCGAGGGAGACGCUGAUGCUCUGCUCUUUGUAAUUGUGAAAUCUGCACCUAAUCUCUGGACUGGAAUAUUCAGUUGUCUACUAUAAAUACUGGAAGUAUAGCAAAGGAUGUGGGGACUGGGCUGCUUUUGUAUAUUGUACAAGCAUCAUUCUGGAAAUUAAAGAAAUUUAACCACA